AAACAGAAGAAAAUCCCAAGGAGGACAUUUUCUGAAGGCCAGAUAGCACGUCGCAUGAAUCCAACCAGAAAUGCUCGUCCACCAGAGAAAUUCGCCUUGGAAAAAUUUACUGUGUCAUCUGUUAAAUUAGCAGAACACUUCUGUAGCUAUAGGCAACAAAACCUCUUGAAGAGGAGACUCAUUGUGGAGGAUUGUGGAGUGCGCAAAAGAAGGAGAUCAUCAAAGUACUCAUCUCACCGUCCAGUAGAAGAUAUUACUGAUGAGGACUUGGACAACAUUGCAAUGACUGUUAAAGACAAAAUUUAUGACAAAGUUCUCGGUAGUACUUGCCACCAGUGUCGACAAAAGACAAUUGAUACAAAGACAAUCUGUCGCAACCAGGGUUGUGGAGGAGUAAGGGGGCAGUUUUGUGGACCGUGUCUUCGAAAUCGAUACGGGGAAGAUGUGAAAUCAGCACUGCUUGAUCCAGCCUGGAUCUGUCCCCCUUGUCGCGGCGUGUGCAACUGCAGCUACUGCCGCCGGCGGGACGGGCGCUGUGCCACGGGCAUGCUCAUCCACUUGGCCAAGUUCUACGGCUACGACAAUGUCAAGGAGUACCUGGAAAGUUUACAGAAACAGCUAGCGGAUGACAAUUGAGAACACUGAACUCGAGCUGUGCCUGGUUAACAUGUUGACAAAUUUUGACUUCAGAAGGUUAUUACUAUAUUUUAUAUAAGAUAGAAUUGUAGAGUAUAGUAUAUGCAUUUCUGUGUUGGGAACUUUUUGAUUGAUGUGGUCUUAUGCAAAAGAUCUCUCAGGAAAAUGUUUUAGUAGAGAAAUCUACAUGCACAGACCGAUAUGUUACGUGAAAUGGCACUCUUGAACCAUGAGUGGUUAAUUUUUAUUAGAGCUACACAACCACGUGAUGGAGAACUUGGUCAAUUUGAGCAAUAUUUUUAUUUAUAUAAUUGUGCAAGUUUGCAGAAAGGGUGUUUUAACAAGUAUCUGGAAAGCAUA